CGAUGUGUUUCUUAAAACACAAAAAAGUGAUGCCUUGUGAUUCUUUGAACACAAAGUAGUGAUGCCUUUUCGGGUUCUAGGAUAGAAACCCAGAUUUUUAUCUUUGUUAAACGGUUAAGGAUAGUACAAAACAAAUUUGAUCCACAGUGCCUCUAUGAUUAUUUUACUUAUUCGUAAAACCAACUAUGAUAGCGAAAUCGUUUGCGCUUUCUUUAGUUCGCCUGAAAUGGAGUGCAAUAAUAAAGACAAGCAAAGUUGCCGGGAAAACCUUAUUCAGCAAAUACUUGUUAAUUACAAAUGUUACAAUAUCAACAAGUCUUAGUGGAAUUGGAGAUACUUUACAGCAACAAUAUGAAAUUUUGACUGGUGAUAACCCUAACCAAACUUGGAAUAAAAAACGAACAGUAGACAUGUCAGCAACAGGCACCGUAGUAGGAGUCAUUUGCCAUUUUUGGUACAAUUGGCUUGAUAAAAGAUUACCUGGAAAAACUUUCAAAAUAGUACUGAAGAAACUACUGGUGGAUCAAGUGAUUUUUUCCCCAUUUUUAAUUGCAGUAUUUUUUGGAACAGUUGGUGUCUUAGAACAAAUGAGCACUGCUGAAGUGUUGGAAGAAAUUAAAGCGAAAGCUUGGAGACUUUAUGCUGCUGAAUGGGUAGUGUGGCCUCCAGCUCAGUUAAUCAAUUUCUACCUGCUGCCAACCAGAUUUAGAGUACUAUAUGACAACACAAUAUCACUAGGCUACGAUGUCUACACUAGUUAUGUAAAGCAUGAUAAAACCUAGUUUUUCCCAGGAUACAUUGGGACCAAUAUAAAUACAUAGUGCAUAUUCCAAG